AUGGCCGGGUCUGAUGUUCAAAACGACAGCUCCGGCAGUGAUGAUGCUUCCGGCCCGGAAGUAGCUGAAGACAUCAAUGACGACGACACUUCUGAAGAAUCAAGUAGCAGUAGCGACGAUGGAGAAGCCCAUAAUUUUCUGGACCUGGAAGCUUCAGAAUCAUGCGAUAGCGAAGACAGUGAGGACAGGGACGACGACAUUGACGCUUCACCAGGGGUUGAGCAUUCGUUCCCGCAGUUCUCUCAACUGCCCCCGGAACUACGGCAGCGUAUCUGGGGAUUUUUUGACCCUCACUUGCGGAGCCCUGCCCGGGUCUUCAGUUUCCGGCUGGUGCAACUCCCGCCUUACCGGAUUCCAGGCAAUGAAAGUCGGUAUGGAAUCUGGGAAGACCCAUCGCUGGACCAACAAACGGAACCAGCAAGAACGCUUCUAGCCAUAAAUCACGAGAGUCGUUGUCUUGCCCGAACGUUUUAUCCGCAUAACAUCUGCGUUGAAGAUGAACAAUUAUUCAUCCCUUGUCACAAGACUAGAGACAUUGUUCGCAUUGUGGGACCCCCCGAAGAACUGUACAAUGAGGACUGGAACUACUUCAUCGAUCCUUUGAUACGUGGCUUCCAUCAGGUGGCUUUCCAAUUACCGAGCGGGGAUGAAGAAACGCCCGGCAUUACGCCGUCGGAAGAAGCCUUCAUGUCCGACGCAAUCCGGCGAUAUCUGUUAACAGAUUUUCCCGAGUUGACAUCUGUCUUCAAGUGCUCCGAUGAGAUAGAUUGCCGCACAAGCGACAUACAGUGGUGCACUUUGGACUCGACUCACAAUUUCUACGUGGAGACUAGCGAGAGGUCGCCCGGGCUUGGUGAAGACAUGCAGUAUAUCUUCUGUUGGCCCAAGAUUAUCAACGGCACUCGAUCAACAGACAAACCUUUUUCAGAAGAACCUGAAAGGGAAUAUCGCGGCCUCCUCCCCCCGGUGGAUCAACUGGAGGAAGGCAAAGUCUUAUCGCGCAUGAUUCAUUUCUCACACAGCCCAUACAGUUCAGGACUUUCCCGAUUUGACAAGAUCCGGAUGGCCACCUUCAGCGGAAGCUUCGAAAAUUACGAAUCAAGCGACUCGGAAUCAGAAUCUGAAGAAACGAAUGAGUACGAAAGCUCCGGUAUCGAUGAUGAGUCAAUCGACGACGACAUGGGCAGUGACGACGAGGAGAAUGAUUUGGCUGCGUUGCAGUCAUCUCCAGUUGACCACGAAUCUCCUUUCCAGGGAUUCUCUUCUCCUCUCGGGAUGGAUAUCCCGGAGCUCCUCGAAGCGGCAGAAGCUGGAAUGGCAUUGGAGGCAGCAAUUUUCUCUGACAUCGAGUCGGACCCAAGUGAUGAGUCUGACCAUGCACAGCCGCAGAAUACAAAUCAGAGACAGAGAAGAGUGAUAGCAGACUCGAGCGAUGAGGCUGAUGAGUCCGAAUCGCCUCAGAAUCCAAGCAGGAAAAGGCCACGAGCUCGAGUAAUUGAGUCAGAUUCUGAUGAGGACAGCCAGAGCCCAAAGCCUGUAAAGCGAGCUCGUACAGAAGGCCGUGCAUCACGUGUGGUGUUGUCUGAAUCGGACGAUGAGGACGAAAGCGAUCAUGAUGAAACCACAGCAACUUCUGCUUCGAAACGUCGUGCACGGGGGACUGUGCGCCAAGAUGAUUCACAAAGCGAAGACGAAUCCGAUGACCAGAGUGAGGAGGAAGACGAAUCAGAAGAGUCCGGGCAGUCUUCUGAUGACGAUGAAGAAGACGAGGAGGAAGAGGAGCAAGCACCCCAACGAAUGUCGCUUGCGGAGAGAAUCGGGGCAUUUCGAGCAGCAGUUCCUGCUGGCGACGAAGCCGAAUCGUCUCCAGAGGCCGAAUACGACGAAUUUAACGACGAGGGAGACGAAGGGUAUGGAGGGGCAGGAUAUGGCGCAUUUCAGGACGACGAAGAGGAUGAUGGCCGAUCAGAUCGCGAGGAGAUGAUAAUGGAUAUGGAUGAAGAGGCGUCAGAAGGAGAAGAGGGAGAAGAAGAUGGUUGGUAA